UCUUGUCGCAGGUUACGUCAUCCCGCCCAGAAAUGUGCAUCCUGCGCGCAUGCGUACUGAUCCUCCCAUGGAGCCUACUCACUGCGCCAUCAUAAAGAAGGAACCCUGUGCAGGCGAGGCAGCGGAUAUGGGCAGAAUGGCAGCUCAGUCCAUGCACGCUGCCUGGUAUCUUAUGAAUCCAGGUCCAGCUAUGUGGUAUUGGCGGCUUCGUUCUCUUCUGCAGCCGCUCCCAGAACCUUCCAGGCGCUGCCAUAUCGGGUGACUCCCGGAGAAGGGGCUUGGUGAUGUCAGCUACGCGUCAACCAAUCGCAGCAAUCCGCUGUGUUCCAAACUGCCAGGUUGCAAGAGCAAGCACCGCCUCCCCUACUCAUGGGAGGGAGCUUCAGUCGCAUUGACAGGUCACGGCAUACACUUGUAGAAUAUAAUGAGUGCGUAUAGAGAAGAUGUUAUAUUUCAUGGACUGUCAAACUGUGGCUCUUCAGUCACUGUAUUGUAGUUCUCAGCUAGGCGGGAGACGGCUCGUUAUUCACAAGUUGUUGCAGACCCACCGUUUUGAGAGCAAAGAGUAUCACUAGCACAAACAUCACUGUUAUCAAUAUUCUAUUGUACUUAACCUUGCGGCCUUGGCUCUCUCUCCUCCCUACUUUCUCUCUAGCCAAUCCGCCUCGCCUCUCUCUAGGUCACGUGGGAGGCAAGUGGCGGCCAAUCCGGCUCCGGUCGUUGAGGGCUGUGUGACUGGAGGAGGAGGUGGGGAGAGCGAGAGAGAGACUGUAGAAAGGAGAGAGGGGUGUGAGCGCUGCUGUUCGGAGGAGAUAGUCAGGGUUGUGGACCCCCCUGUUUUAAAACAGUGGCCGCUCUAUGCCUGACGGAGCAGGCGGAGGUUCGAGGGGACUGGCUCUAGACGUUCGAACAAGAAAGAUCGCGCCGGGUGACUUGACAAGGCGCGCGAACUGGAACACUUCCGACCAUCUGUAAGAGAAACGUGUGGCGGCUUUAGCAGGUGCACAAUGUUCAAAUUGAUCAGCAGAGUGGAAAGCUAACAAUAAUAAGAUGCCCAAAACAUUAUCCUCAAAAGCCACCCCAAGUGAGAAUUCAGAUAGCGACUGCAACAUCAUGGUUGAAAAAUCAACCGGACGAAAGAAUAAAGAGAAAAUAUCAUCCUUCAGUAGAACACCUAAACUGGAUAGGAGUGAAAUUAGCAAAGAAAUGAAGGAAAAAACUUCCAUGAAACGCAAACUUCCUUUCACUCUCCGCCCAACCGGAACUGAAGAAAGGGAUUCUGACACUGAUUCAGAACCAGAACACACCAGUGAAAACUGGGGAGAACGAUUAACUCCUUUCAGCACAUACCCAGAGAAAGAAGAACCAGAGAAGAAGAAGAUAAAAAGAGAACCCGGAGGCAAAAAAUCCACUCCAGUUAACAUCCUUUUUGGUUACCCUUUAUCUGAACGCAAACAGAUGGCACUUCUCAUGCAAAUGACAGCCAGAGACAAUAGCCCAGAUUCCACUCCAAAUCAUCCUUCCCAGGCAACGCCGACUCAGAAGAAAAAUCCAUCGUCCUCUACACGGCAAAAAGACAAAGUUAAUAAAAGAAAUGAACGUGGAGAAACACCCUUACAUAUGGCAGCCAUCCGGGGAGAUAUAAGCCAAGUGAAAGAGUUGAUUCGUAUGGGUGCAAAUGUCAAUGUUAAAGAUUUUGCAGGUUGGACUCCUCUUCAUGAAGCUUGUAACAUGGGUUAUUAUGAUGUUGCAAAAGUCUUGAUAGCAGCUGGAGCAGAUGUUAAUACGCAAGGACUGGAUGAUGAUACGCCUCUUCAUGAUGCAGCCAGCAGCGGCCACAGAGAUAUUGUGAAAUUGCUAUUACGACAUGGUGGCAAUGCAUUCCAAGCCAACAAACACGGAGCACGUCCUGUUGAUGUAGCUGAAACAGAAGAAUUGGAGCAGCUGUUAAAGAGGGAGGUGCCAAUCUCUGAUGACGAUGAAAGCUAUACAGAUUCAGAAGAACCACAGUUUAAUAAUCUGUCAAGCGUGGAUGAAAACUUAGACUCAGAGGGAGAAAAGGAAUCUUUGAUCAAUGAAAGCAAACAUGUUACAAUUAAAGGAACACCUUGCACCUCAGGACUUGAUGAGUAUGAAUUUAAAGAUGAUGAGGAUGAUGAAGAUGAACCAGAAAUCCACAAGAUGUUUGAAGAUAAGCAUAUACUUAGGAAUGACAUUAAAAAUGAAAACACUGAAGCAAGGAUAAAUGAUGGUUUCUUUAUAAAGCAGGAGAAAGUUGAUUUUCCAAAAAUUUACAAAAACCGGAAACCAAAGCCAUCUCGUCUGUUAUUUUCCAGUUCUGAUAGUUCUGAUGAUGAUUUGCUUCCAGAGAAAGUCAGUUUGAUAUCUGAAAGUCUCAAUUCAGACAUCAGACCUAAGAAGGACUAUAGUAUUUUACAUGAACAGAAAGAGAAGGGGAAAGUCAGAAGGAAAUUGAAGAAUCAAAGCAAAAAUAAAGAAAACCAGCAGUUAAAACAAGAAAGAGAUAAGAAAGAAAAUAUAAAAGUAGUGAAUAUGGUAGUGUGCCCUAGCUUAGAGUCCUUGGACAAGUCUAGAGAAGAGGAACUAUUUAGAAAAUCACUUUGCACAAAGGAAGAACCUUCCUUACAAUUAUUUCAGAUCACUCCUGGCAAAUCACCCAAACACACUUAUACGUUUAUUGACAAGCAGUCAACACCUCUGAAGCAGGAAAACACUAAAAUGUGUGUUUCACCCCCUGGUGGAUCAGAAUCAUCACUGCAGACUGAUUUGUUCCGAUAUGAUCAAAGUACCAAUGCUGAAUAUGCAAUUGAAAGUUCAAGUUCUUCUUUCUCUAAAUAUAAAGAAAAGAGUAAACAUCUGAAGGAGUUUUUUAUUGAUUAUGCAGAUAAGGCUAUCUUAAAAUGUAAAGAAGAAGGUAAAAGUCCAUCGUUUGAAACCUCUGAGUGUGUGCCUAAAAAAUCUGACAAGGAGGGUAAAAUAGUAAAAAAACACAAAAUUAAACAUAAAGAAAAGGAAAAAGAAAAGUCCAGAAAAGAUCCAGAUGUUGAAAAUGACAGGACCAAGCAUAGAGAAAAAAAUAUUCAGAGACAAAUAGAAUUUGACAGAGAAUUCUGGAAAGAAAACUUUUUUAAAAGUGAUGAAAAUGAUGAGGAAUUUUUAAUCAUGGAUUCAAAGAACACCUUAUCCGAGAAAAAAGUCAAACUGGAAAAAUCACCAGCGAAGGAAGACCAUUCAGUCAGAGAGAAUUACGUCUUGAUAGAAAAUGUUAAAGAUGGACAAGAGGAGCCAUCAAAACUGGAUCAAGAAAAAACUCAAAAAGAAGAAAAAGGAAAAGAUUGCAAUAGUGAUGCUGACAGUUUUCAUUCGGCAAAAGAAAAAGAGACUAAAAGUGUCCCUUUAAAUGUAUUUGUAAAAGAUGAGUCGUUACAAAUUGAUAGAGAAACAGACGCAGAAAAGCAAUUUAAGGAAGGGAAAGAAAAAAGUGAAAAACGAUCUGCACUUAAGGAGAGGGACUUGGAAAAGAAAGGCACUGAAAAAGAGAAGAAGGCAAAAUCAGAUUACAAAUCUGAAAGAGAAAAAGUAGAAAUGUCAGAAAACACAGAUAAAUCUAAAUCACAUUUGCAAUCACCAGAUAAGCUUCAAAAGGAAAGCGAUAAAAUUAGGGCAUCAGUUGUUGGCAAAAAAAAUGAUGACAAAGAAAAACCUAAAGACAAAAAAGAGCGGAAUGAAAAAGACAAGCAUCUUGGAGAGCACAAACUUUGCACAGAUAGAAAACCCAAGCAUGCUGAAAAAGAUUCAGAAUCAAGCAGAGCAGAUAAAACUAAACGUAGAGAGAAGGAAUUCAGAAAAAAAUCAAGGGAAGGAGAUUUUUAUGCUGGUGCAAGCUCCAAGCAUAGUCAAGAAGAGCGCAAGCAAAGUGGCAACACUGAUAGCAGUAGAGUACUUCAUGAAAAGCCUGCUGUUGUAAAGGAAAAGCUAAAAGAGGAGCAGCAGAAGGUUCCAGAACAUAAAGAAAAGGAUAGAAAAGACAAGGAAAAAGAUAUUGAUCGAUAUAAAGAAAGAGACAAGCAUAAAGACAAAACACAGACAAAUAUUCCAAAGUUGAAACCUAAAGAUUCCGAAGCAGAAAAAUGCAAAUCUAAGUUGCAGUCUGCAAAAGACACCAAGUUGAAAGAAAAAAGGCUGGUCAACGAUGAUCUCAUGCAAACUAGUUUUGAACGGAUGCUAAGCCUCAAAGACCUUGAAAUAGAACAGUGGCACAAAAAACAUAAAGAAAAAAUAAAACAGAAGGAAAAGGAAAGACUAAGGCACCGGAAUAGUGUAGAACUUACUAAAAUAAAAGAAAAACCAAAACAUUCACCAACUCUAUCCAAAAAUAAAGAAUUAACAAGAUCGAAAAGUUCUGAACUAUCAGAUGUAUACACAAAAGAGAAAUCAUUGAAAGAUGCCACAAGUUGCAGAUCAAAUUCAGUUGAUGCAAAGAACUUGACCGCUUCAGGGAAGACCCUUUUAAUUUUAGAAAACAGUAAUAUAACAAGGUCGCCUAGAUCAGAGAGUGAAAAAACCGGCCUAUGUUCGCGGUCUGUGUCUAUGAUUUCUGUUGCUAGCUCGGAGGAAUCUUGUCAUGCAACUGUGACUACACCAAGGCCUACGACAGAAUAUGACUCAGACUUUGCUUUAGAAGGAUCUGACUCGCAAAUGUCUUUUUCACAGUCUCCGUUCUUACCUACUGCCAAGUCACCAGCCACUCAUGACAGAGAUUUAGACACCAUUGCAGAGUUGCCUGAUCGAGUUAGACCACCUCUGACAAAUAGACUUCUACCAGGUUAUCUUAGGUCAACUUCUGUAGAAGAUGUAAAAUUGGUGAUCAGUGAAUGCAGACCAGUUGUAGAAGUACGGCGGUGCAGUAUGCCAGCUGCCUUGGGUGAUCAAGCAAAGGCCAUACAAAUCGUGUUUGAAAGUAAUAUACCAGAAGUGCCAUCCUCUGUAAAAAUGACACCAAAUAGGUGUAUAUCUCCAAAACCCGAAAUAUUGCCUGCGUUGGAAAAGGAUGCUUAUAAUAGCACUUGUGUCCCGGCAUGUAGCAAAAACUCUUUGGAUGGAAGUCUCAUUAGUCCAUCAUCUCAGGGAAAUUGUCUUCAAAGUGGGACUGAGUCACCUGUAACACAGAUUGCCACCCCUGCUACUUUUGAAUGUGAACAUGCAAAGUUGUCUUGCAGUGAAAACGAUUCUACAGUCCUUUCAGAAAACCAAACGUGUCAAGAAAUGUUAUGUUCCAGACAAGAAAACACAGUCAUUCAGGAAUGCCCUGCUUUACCUCCACAAACACAAAGUCAUUUUGUUGUAAAUACUACAGUUUCAGAUCCACUCUGCUUCUCAAAAACUGACCCACCAAUAAAUUAUAAACAAGAACACAGCAUUGUAAAGGAAGAGCAAACUCAUUGUGCCAACUCUAGCUUUGUCAAGGCAGAUGAGUCUGAAUCUGAAGUUAAACUCGUUCACACAGAAGACACAAUUGAACGCUUAAAAAUUGUAUUGACUGAUGCUAAUAUAGGAGGCAUACCAAGCGAGGGUGAUGAGGCUAUGCAGGUUAGCACAGAAAUAAAUACAGACAUUUCUUUAAGUAACCCAGAUUUUAAGGAGAGAAUUUUACAGGAGAAUAUAGCUGACGGUGAGUCCACAUCAAAUGAAGACCAAUCCAUUAUAGAAAGUACUCCUGCUUCCAACGUUAAAUGUGACACUGAUGUGGUUCAAGGUUUUGAAACUGCAGAAAUAACUAAAGAUAGUCCUGACCAACAAGUCAUUCCUCAAACAAGUUCUGUGCACACAAACGAAUCUCCUAAAACCGAGCUAUCGCAGUAUCCUUUAUCAGUUAUGGAAAGUCCACUUCCUCAGCUAGGUGAUGAUGCGCAAACUUGUAGCCAGUCUGCUAAGAUGGAAACAGAGGAGAAUGCUGAGGAAAAGGCAGAACAAGAAAUUCCACAAAGAAUUACAAGAAACCGGGCCAAUAUGUUGGCCAACCAGAAUAAGCAGGUCCAAACUAUUUUUUCUCAUUCAUCUGAUAAAGACAUGGUUGAGUCUUCUAUGGCUUUAAGAGGGAGGAUACGUCUGACAGAAGAAGAUGAUAUGCAAGUGCAUCAUCCACGCAAAAGAAAGAUGGCUCGUGUUCCUCAACCUGGGCUUGCUAAUUCCUCUGUAAUGCAAGCAAAGGAAAAAACCCAGCAAUCCCUGGCAGCUGUUGUUGACUCAUUAAAACUGGAUGACAUCCAACCUUACCAAUCAGAAAGGGCAAAUCCAUACUUUGAGUAUCUACAUAUAAGAAGGAAAGUAGAGGAAAGACGUAAAAUGCUGUGUAGUGUUAUUCCGCAAGCACCACAAUACUAUGAUGAAUAUGUGACCUUCAACGGGUCAUACCUUUUGGAUGGAAAUCCUUUCAGCAAACUCUGUAUUCCAACUAUUACACCUCCUCCAUCUCUAUCAGAACCACUGAAGGAGCUCUUUCGACAGCAAGAGGUUGUUAGAAUGAAACUUCGGUUACAGCACAGCAUUGAAAGGGAGAAGCUCAUUGUGUCUAACGAGCAGGAGGUUUUGCGUGUCCAUUACAGAGCAGCAAGAACCCUGGCCAACCAGUCGCUUCCAUUCAGCGCAUGCACGGUGUUGCUGGAUGCAGAGGUGUAUAAUGUUCCACAAGAGUCUCAGACAGAAGAUGGUAAAGCAUCCGUGCGAGAUCGUUUUAAUGCGAGGCAGUUCAUGUCUUGGCUGCAAGAUGUUGAUGAUAAAUUUGAUAAACUAAAAACAUGCCUUCUCAUGAGACAGCAACACGAGGCAGCAGCACUAAACGCAGUUCAGAGAUUAGAGUGGCAGCUCAAACUCCAGGAACUUGAUCCUGCUACGUACAAAUCUGUCAGCAUUUACGAAAUCCAAGAAUUCUAUGUCCCCUUAGUGGAAGUCAAUGAUGAUUUUGAAUUGACACCUAUAUGACAAUGUCACAUUCUGCAGCUAUUAAAAGACUUCCUCGGUAAGCAAGGCUGCAGAAGAUGGGUCAUCUAGCGCAAUUUAAGGAGGCCAUGUCUCUCCCGAACAUAAGCACUGUUUCUCUAAAGAUGUGUGAAGGUCAAGCAAAUUCUAGAGCCCAAGCCUUCAGGUCUUAGGAGUCCAAACCCUUCCUUGCAUGUGCAAAUGCAGGAAAUAAUAUCGUUGAUAGAAGGCCAUUAUUUUACAGGCAAAACAAUCGUGCAAUUAAGUUGCCUGAUCACCUUACAUCGCGCUUCUAGCUACUGUUGCUGGAAAGGGGCUAAUCUGCAGCGCAGGAAGCUGCACCAGGAAAGCAGUUGUGCUACUAAUAGAAUUAACUUAGACAGUUGCACUUACCCCCAGCUGUUUGUGGUGCAUGCAGUGUUUUGCACGACAGUGUAUGGCAGUUCUGUUGAAGAGCUUAAUUGCUUCUACCACACAGUGCCACAGAAAACCACAGAAGCGCAAUGGAGAUUCGAACCCUGCUCUCUAACAAAGGGUUAAAUGUCCACGAGGAGAUUCCGUAAAAGACUAUAAUGCUCUGAAAACUUUAAGUGCUCUAAAUCCUUUGCAUUGUAGGAAGAUUUCGCAUGUAAUUUGAACAGAUCUAAUAUUGUCUUAUUUUAAAUAACUUAUUUUAUAUAUAAAAUGUGCAUUUGUACAUAGUAUUGUAAUUAAUUGUUGAAACUGUACAAACCCUAGCUAUUUUAUGUGUAAACUGUUUUACGUCAGAUGUUUUAAUGGACCAAAGUUGUCUUUUGUUUUUAUUUGUAAAGUGAUGUAUGUGUCCGUGUUGCAAGUACAGCAUGAUCAGGGCCUGAGAAGGUCCGACUACAAGGUAUUGCAUGCUCCACUCUUUUACUACAAUGACUCGAUUAAUAUUUGCCCUAGUUAACCCUCCGAGUGCCACUAAGAGCAUGCAUCAUGCUACAGUGUCCAAUGGCACUAGGAGGGUUAAAAAAAACCAACUAAUUUAAUUUUAGCCUGCUGCCGAUAAUUUUUUUUUGUUUAAACCUUAAGAAAAAAAAAAGAAAAGACAUUGGACACAAGUUGGCCUAUUUUUAAAAAGCCGCCUUUGAAUGAAAUUCUAAAAUUGUAAAUGGUCUAUUUUAAUAUUUACCUAAAGUUUGUAUAUAUUUCUGUAAAUAUGUUGUUUAAUAAAUUUUAUUGGUCAUGUUCA